UCCCUCAGCCCACGGCUGAGACCACCAGACAGUUCCUUAUGUCGGACAAGCCCCUGCACCUUGAGGCAUCUCUAGAUAAGGAGAUCUAUUACCACGGAGAACCCAUCAGCGUCAAUGUCCACGUCACCAACAACACCAACAAGACUGUGAAGAAGAUCAAGAUCUCUGUGCGCCAGUAUGCAGACAUCUGUCUCUUCAACACAGCUCAGUACAAGUGCCCAGUGGCCAUGGAGGAAGCUGAUGACAAUGUGGCACCCAGCUCAACAUUCUGCAAGGUCUACACACUGACUCCCUUCCUGGCCAACAACCGAGAGAAGCGGGGGCUCGCCCUCGAUGGGAAGCUCAAACACGAAGACACGAAUCUGGCUUCCAGCACUCUGUUGCGGGAAGGUGCCAACCGGGAAAUCCUGGGUAUCAUCGUUUCCUACAAAGUCAAAGUGAAGCUGGUGGUGUCCCGGGGCGGGUAAGUCCAGCCACCCCAGAACCCCUGCCCAUCCCGCCUGUUUGCCUGGCCUUUAGCUGCAUCUUCCCAUGAAGAGGCGGGACUUGAGGACUUGCUUUUCUCUUCCCUCCUCUGAUUCCUCUUCCUUCUCCCCUGGCGCUCCUCCUCUUUAGCCUAGGUCCGGGUCUGGCUCUGAGGACUGCGUACAGCCUCUAUGAAUCUGAGUGUCCUCAGACUGUACUGGGACUCUCAGGGGCUAUACAUGGACCUCCUCACAUCUCAGGGCACAGUGCGCACACACCACUCUUGGAGAUUGAAAAACCCAGAGCUGAAUUUGGGGGGUUACU